GCUAGUAGUUUCUGAAAAAAGUCGGACCUUGGUUUGGCCGACUGACCCGGCAUCUUUUGCCCUAACUAUUUACUGAGCGCACACAACACGGGAGAGAAGAAGAAGAAGAAGAAGAAACAGAAACGGAGGUGUCAAAUUCCAAAGCCGUAUAAAUAUUAAGGUACGGCUAUCACUGUCGGGCGGCGAGGGAGCGUCCCAAAUACUGUCGUCAAUCAUUCCAUUUCGGAGUCCGGUUUCCUUUCUCUCCGGCUCUCUGGCGGCGGGGAAUACAUAUUGAGCUGCGAGCAUGGCCCACGGCGGCUAUGGCAAGCGCAGGGUCGCCGGCCGACAGCCUUCCGUCGGCCGUCGGUCGAAAGCAAUCGACAAGAAAGGCAAAUCCAAGUCCGUCUCGCUCAAGAACCAGAUUCGUUCUGUGGAGCGUAUGCUCCGUAAGCAAUUGACGCCGGAAGUUAGGGAAGCGCAAGAGAAGAAGUUAGAAGGGCUGAAGAAUCAGCAGGAUCUCCAUACUCGAUUGGCUCUUGAGCGCAAAAUGUUCUUGCGAGACAGGAAGAUUAAGUUCUUUGAGAGGAGAAAGGUGGAAAGAAGAAUCAGACGCUUGGAGAGGCAACAGCGAGCUUCUUCCGGUCAGGCACUUGAUCCCCAGGCUGUUGAGCAGCUUUCUAAGUUGAAGGAGGAUCUUGAAUAUGUUAGAUUUUUCCCCAAGACAGAGAAAUAUGUGUCUUUGUUUUCUGGAGGCGAUGAUUCAGAGGUCCUUGAUAAGAGAAAUGGAUUGCGGAAGCAGAUUAAAGCCAACCUAAUUGCUGCUGCUGCCAGUGGCAAAGACCUCGAAGAGACGGGAAGUGAGGAUGACGGGCUGUUGGAUCUCAGCGAGGAUGAUUUCUUCCUAGCUGGAAGCUCAAGUGAUGAAGCAGAUGCAGAUGAUGAAUGGACAGACAAAAGCACAAGAGAACAGGCUUCAAGUACUUCUGGUAAAGCAGCAUCUGGCAUGUCAAGCGAUGAAAAGAAUCAGAGGGAGAUAUCUGCUAGAGCUCUGAUGCCUCCUCCCAGGCCUUCACACAACUCAAGUCGUUCCAACACAGUCCAUGGGAGAUCAAGGUUUGGAGCGUCAUCAAGUAAAAAUUCGUGGAGACAGAGGGCUGAUAUAUCUACUACAUCCAGCAACACUUCAAGCAGCAGCAGAAGUGGUCCGUCCACUUUUCAACCUGGCAGCGGCAGGGGUUCUUUAAAUGGCAGGACUGGCAGUGGCACUGGCCAGAGCAGUAAUGUUAGUUCUGGCUCUGAUGCUCAUAAGCCGCACAGGAAGAGGAAGAGAAGAAAGAAGAAGCAACAGGUGUAACGUUAGUGUAACUAUGGUUUUGCUCGGUCGAGGAAGACGAACGUACCAAUGUCAUGUACUUUGGUGCGUUGGACAAUGUUUUGGCAGCUGCAGACUGCAGCUACAUAUACGUGUUGUAAAACGUUAAACUCUUGUUCCUAUCGAACAGUCUUUUAUUGCGCUCGAAUCAUCGAUUUAACAUUGUUUCGAUAGGUUGGUUUCCUUUCGACGUCGUCUGCACUGCUCAAUGCCUUAAUACCAUUUCCUUUGUCUUAGUCCUUACUUCACCCUCUGCCUGUUUGGCCAAAGCUCGCAAAUGAGCAUGUGUUUGUUAUUGUGUGGAUAUUGACGGUCGAUCCAACGGAUGUCGUGGCGACAGUUUUUUAGGAGGUUGUUUGGAUGAGGUAUUGCGGCCCAAAUAAUUUAUUGUGAUUUGUGAGUCAUUUGUAACAUAAUAAUCUGUAUGGAACUCAAUGCACAAUGAAUCAUUUUAACUUUUUUUUUUUUUGAUUACUCAUUUUAACUUUUGUUAUACUGAAAAAUGAGU